UUCCGUACACUACUCUAUCUUGCACCUUUAUAUUUAAAUAGAACAAGAGAAAGUAAUUAAAAAAAAAGCAUCUGUUUACUUUGUGAUUAUGUCUGACGUGUUGAGUGUUUUGAAAUGAAAACAUGUUUUGGAGAAAUAAGUUCUGAAAAUAAAGAAGUGCUUGUGGCAGCUAACAUAGGUAAUUCUGAUGAUUUUGUAUUUUCUUAUAAUAACGUACAAGUGGUUGGAAAAUGGGAGAAAUACUUGGAAGGAAGGAUGUGGAGCUGUAGCUAAUACAUGCAGAAGCAAAGUAGCUACACAGUAGUUCCUACAUUGUCCUAAGUGAAGCAGAGUCUACUGUAUUUUAAUAUGGUCAUGUCACAGAUCCCAGUAUUCAUAUACUGAUUCUGUACCAGAGUUGAAAUUGGAGCAAGUGUAACUAUGCCAGCAGUAAGUUUGAGCGAAUAUUAUAUUUCUGGUCUGGACAUUACUAGACGGCACCAUCAAAGGAAAAUGGAUUCAUAUAGUGAAGUAAAUGGUGAUUCAGAUGGGGACCAUGGAGAAUUUGAUGGUGACACCCACGAGUUACUCAAUGUGACGCAGUUGAAGACGACAAUACCAAAGACUCCUGAACAAAAAGAAAAUGUCUGGACAAUUUCUGUUCAAGUAUUUGUUCCUUUUGUGGUCGCAGGUCUGGGCAUGGUUGGAGCAGGAUUAGUCCUUGAUGUUGUUCAGCACUGGCCUGUGUUUCAAGUUGUAUCAGAAGUAUUCAUUUUAGUUCCGGCUCUUCUUGGUCUGAAAGGCAAUUUGGAGAUGACGCUUGCUUCGCGUCUCUCCACCCAGGCAAAUCUUGGGUACAUGGACACAAGGCAUGAUCAGUGGAGUUUAAUAAUGGCAAACUUGGCAUUAAUACAGUGUCAAGCAGUAGUAGUUGGUCUGCUGGCAGCUGUUGCUGCAGUGGUGAUGGGCUGGGUUCCCACGGGAAAGUUUGAUGUUGGUCACGCUCUACUGCUGUGCGCCAGUAGUAUCCUUACCGCCUCAAUGGCCAGCUUUAUUCUAGGAAUGGUUAUGGUUCUGGUAAUAGUAUCAUCACAGCAUUGGAAUAUCAAUCCAGAUAAUGUAGCCACACCUAUUGCUGCUAGCUUGGGUGACCUGACUACACUAGCCUUGCUGUCAUGGAUAGCAUCAUUUAUAUAUAACACUUUUGAUACGCACAAGUGGUUACCACCCACAAUCAUAAUGGUAUUCAUACUGCUGAUUCCAUUUUGGGCAUUCCUGGCGGCCACAAACAAGCAUGUGAAGAAAGUGCUGAUGUCUGGCUGGACACCAGUUAUAUCUGCUAUGCUGAUCAGCAGUGUUGGUGGUCUUAUUCUAGACUACACUGUGGUGAACUUCAAGGGAAUUGCAGUUUUCCAACCAGUUAUCAAUGGUGUUGGAGGAAAUUUAGUGGCAGUUCAAGCAAGUAGAAUUUCAACAGCAUUGCAUAGGGAAGCCAAACUUGGAAGACUUCCAAACAAUGUAUACACUGUAUGUUUCAACCCUUUGAGGACUUUUUUUGGUAAAGACUGCCAUGCCAGAACGUCACGUAUUCUGUUGCUAAUGGUAAUACCUGGUCACCUAAUAUUUUCAUACACAAUCAGCUACUUAGAAGCAGGACAUACUUCUUUUACACCAGUUUUUGAAGUUGUGUAUCUCCUGGCAGCUGUUUUACAGGUGGUUUUGCUGUUAUAUAUAUGCCAUGUUAUGAUACUUUGGAUGUGGACUUUAAAAAUUGAUCCAGAUAAUUCAGCCAUUCCAUAUCUUACAGCCAUUGGCGACUUGCUGGGAACAGGAUUGCUAGCCUUGGCGUUCCAGUUCCUGUACCUCAUCGGUGAUAAAGAUAGUGAUGUUGGCGAUUAAAAAAAAUAUUUUUAAAAAAAGUUUUUAUGUGGAAUUGAUUAUUGUGUGUCCCUCAAAGUAACACCCUAUUUUGUUCCUGGAAAAUAGAGCGCUAAUCUAAACAGUGAAAAUCAAAUAUUUUUUCCCAUUAGAGUUUAUGUUAAUAAUAAUAAUUUGUUUUCCAACUACUGAAGUAUGUUUUUUGUCAACCAUUUAAGUGAAUACAUUUUUUCCCUUUAAAAUCAAUUUACAGUAUUAGUUAUACAUCUAAAUACAUUCAAUCAAAUGUUCGAAUUACCUUUUUUGAGUAAAGUUCCAAAAUAAAAUUACUAUUUAAAAAUUAAUCAUAUGCCACGUUUUACAUACCAGGCCUUGGUCAUAAAAUUUCUGAGCCAAAAAAUAAUCAUGUUAUUAAUAUAUUUGCUCUUUAAAAUUUCUAUCACAACUAAAUAAGCUUAAACAUAGCAAGUUAUAUUAAUAAAAAAUAUUAAUUACACCGCUGUUUACUCCACGUGAACUGCUUACCACAUGACUGGCCACUAGAGCAUCCUGGUAAGAGCGAGUCAAACUAACCCUGAAAGUUUCUAGUCUUUCUUGCCAGAGCUGUUGCUGACUUGCAAGGUGGCAUAAAAAACAUUGGCUAAACACACGGGCGUCUGAAAUAUUUCUGCCUAACUUAAACCAUUCUACUAUUUUAAUUGGGCUUUAAAAGGAACUGAAGCAAGAACAUUGCUAUUAAAAAAAAUGGUCAACUCUAGUUUUAUGUUUCAUCAUAUUAAUUAGUUGCAUUUUGUUUAAUGUUACACAAGUGCCUUUCCAUUGUGCGUGCAUGGAAAUUUAAAAUUGAUGUAGAUGAAAAAAGAGCCUUACAUUGAAUGUAUGACCGCGCUUCUUAAAAUUGUGCCAUAAUUUAUUGGUGUCUUUCAAAAGCACUCAUAUCAAACAGCGUUACUUCGAGGGACGGAUAUACAUUUUUAUGUAUAUCAUAAUAUAUUUUGCCUUCGUUGAUUAGUAUUGUUUUGUAUAAAUGACUGGUUUUUAUUGUAAAUAAAACUAUUUUAUUUAAUAUUUAUGUUUAUGAACUGUAAUAUACAUUUAAGUAUAAAUGUUUUAUUUUUUGUGCACAUGAGUACAAUCUGUUAAAAGAAGUUGGUCCUAAUAUGUAUUAUUUGAAUUGAAUAAAUCAUUUGAAAUUU